AUGUGCCUUGAUAACUUUGGGACGGUGGCGAGGUUUUCCGUGAAAGAAGUGAUGGAUUCGGAUUCGCUUCUCGUGGACUUCUUCGAUUUCGGCGACUCUGACGUACGGAAAGUGUCGGACUGUCGCUUGUUGCCAAUGAAACUUGCGAAGGUUCCAGUGAGACUAAUCAAAUUUUGGUUGGACUGUUGUGGGUCGAGCUUGAGAAAAGCCACUGGAGAAUACAUAUCAAGUUUCUGCGAUGGACGAGGAGCGGUCGUUAUUAAAACAUUUCCUCCGUGUUUUCAACAACUGACACCGACGUUUUUGCCCGAGUUUAAUGUUGAAAUAUUGCCCACAGAACGCUAUGCGUUCGAUACGAGAACGCAAACGCAAGGUGCUAGUUGUCGGUCGAAUCUGUGCCUGCUGAAGAUGAUCGAUGAAGCAAGCUUUUCGUUUGUCUCCGAGUGCCGCCAUCUGGCAGAUCGAGCGGAGAAAUCAUCUUCAGACAUUCUGCGUGCAGCAACGAAAUUGCGCGACGCAGCUGAUGACAUUCAUCGUGCACCUUUCGAAAUAAGCCACAAGAAUUGCAGAGACGCCGUUGAAGAUUUGUUGUCGUUCCUGCGACUUGCAAUUGAAAGUGAAUAUCGUGAAAUUAUUCGAAAUGGGGAAACUGUUGCCGAAAAACUUCUCCGAAAUCGUGAUGGAGCUUCCCUGUCCAAGACAUCCUUGGCAGGUGUCGAAGCAGAUACAUCCUAUCCGUUGAAGAAAUUUCUGUCAGAAGCUCCGAUACAUCGGGCGGUCGCCGAGCGUCGGAAUUCGCCAGGUCCACUCAAACGCUGUGGAUCCUCGGAUUCCACGGCCACGUCAAAGCGCUUGGGAGGUUACAAUACCCCGGACGAUUCUGAGCCUCAGGUACAGCAGUCUCAAGUGACGACGGAAGAACCGGACUCGAACCCAACGGAAACCUUGAUUGCACAAGCACGAAAACCUGAAGAGGGUGUCCGUGUGGCACCAACCGAAAACUUUUUUGAGAAAGUUUGCAUGCUUCUGGGCAGUGAGAGCGAGAGUUCUGAGGAAGAAGCCAAAGACGACUCAUGUGAUAAUCGUUUCCCAUUAAACGGUAUCGUCUCUGUGAAUGAGGUCUCGAAGGAUCUCUCAUUAAAUGCUGGUCUAAAAAGUGGACUUGAAACUGAGGAUAUAAAAAGUGGGCUUGAAACUGAAGAUGGCGUCGCUACGGACGAAAAUGUAGCCGCGGAAGAGGUUGUGAAGACUGAACGUGUGUCAUACGAACCAUUCAUAAAGAAGGAAGAAAACUUUUCGCAUGAAAAGGACGUCGACGGCCUAAAGGAAGUUCAAAUAAAGUUGGAACCGAUUGUUGUGAAGAAAGAGUUCGACGAUGAAAAUCAAUUGUCCCAGACGUCAUCAUGGCUGUCGGCGUUGAACCCAACGCUUAGAUUCCCCAAUACCGAAGAUGACGUGGCUAGUCAAACAGAAUCUCCUCUGUUGCAUCCAAGGAUAAUUCUCCCGCGAUAUGAUCCCGUACAAAUCAUGAAGGAACGCCUUCCCGAUUGCACCGUCGUUCUUAAUAGACUGCCUCACAAAAUCGAGUCUUUCUUGGAGACGAACUGGAGCAUUGCUUCUGCUGAUUUCCUGUGUCGAACGUCUAAUGAGCAAGUAAAGGAAGAGUGGGAGCGAUUAUUGCGCCCGGUACUAGGACCGAAGCGACCAAUGCGUCGUGAUAGUGGAAGUGAAUCCUCUGAUCAAAGACCGAAGAGGAAGCGAGUGGCGAGAAAUUUGUCCUCCAUGCUCAGUUCAGGGGAGUCUUCCAGUAGCUCUGUGAAAUCCGCUGAUUCCGAUGAUGCCGGCAAUAGUGAUGAUGCAAGUUAUCCAGCUAUUACCUCAACCUCACAGCAUUUAGUAUCAGAAUCUGACUCCGAAGAAUCCGUUAAAACUUUGGACAUGAGCAUUUCUUCACCGCCGUCGCUGAAGGGUCACUCGAAAACUAAUCAUACGGUGUUAAUUUCCGAGUCAAGCAGGGAUUCAUCUGCAGCAUCAAGCCGCAAGUGUUCGCCGGAAGGAGAACGAGAUUCAAACGAAAAUCUCAAGUCCGUGAAUGCUCUCAUAUCAGGUGUGCGGUUGGGUUCUUCAGAUUUUGAGGAUGAAGAGAGUAGGGGCGACCGAAAGGAACCCAAAGAAAUACGGAAGAAAGCGUUGAAAGAGUUGCUUCACCGACGUUCUUCAAAAAAGAAUACGCGUAGAACCUUCAGAAUAUCCAGUUCAAGUGAUUCAUCUGAAGAUGAAUCGAAGAGCAACGGUGCUAAAAGUGAAACCGACUCGGAAUCCGAUUACGAAUCUUCGGAAACUUCGGAUUCUGAUGAUCUUCUGCAGUCGAGAAAAGCGAGGCAAAUGCCGAAGAAGCGAAACCGAUUGCAGAUAUCUUCUGAAAGUGAUGAUGAUCUACAGAUUAUCGAUGAACUCCCUGCAGGAUCAAGUCAACAUUCAUCCCCUGGUCGCCGUAACAUCAAGAAGGUCAUGAGCUCCAAGCAACUCGGCCGCGACACGCAAACAGUGAUGCGAGAAGAAAAAGAACGCGCUCUUCGUCUCGCCGAGAAGCAAAAAAAUCUAGAAAAUUUGGGAGCAAAAGUGGCAGAACCGGAAUCACCGCUUUACUUGGAUAUCGACAAAGAGACUAAGCUGCCAACUGUAUCAGUGAACGAAAAGCUUGCCAAACUAUUGAAACCGCAUCAGAGAGAAGGUGUUACGUUUAUGUUCAAUUCCGCUGUGGAGUCCGUAGAACGAAUUCGUUCUGGAGAUGUCGGUGGUGGCGCGAUUUUAGCGCAUUGUAUGGGUCUGGGGAAGACACUGCAAGUCAUCGCCCUUAUCCACACGUUAGCCACACAUAGUAGUUUGAAGAUGAAAAAGUUCUUGGUGCUGUGUCCAAAGAAUACUGUCAUCAACUGGCAAAACGAGUUCAGGAUGUGGUUGCGGAAAACCCGUCUUCAAGAUGACGUCAUCGUUCAUGCAUUCCCAGAAAAGCAGUGUUCGAUGGAAAAUCGUGUUCAUAAUAUUCGGACUUGGUACAGAAGCAAAGGAGUGUUCAUCAUGGGCUACCCUGCGUUUCGUACAUUGGGAAACCCCGUGGACAAAGCGGCGAAAAAUUUUGCUGACGUGUUGCAAGAGGCGUUGAUUGCUCCAGGUCCUGAUAUGGUCGUGUGUGACGAAGGCCAUCUGCUGAAAAAUGAAAAAUCAGCCCUCUUCAAGGCUCUGCAACCAAUGAAAACUCGCCGGAAAAUCAUUCUAACCGGAACCCCUUUGCAAAAUAACCUGAACGAAUAUCACACCAUGGUCCAAAUUGUAAAGCCAAAUUUGCUGGGCACGAAACAACAAUUCUCCAACAGAUUCGUAAAUCCGAUACAAAACGGUUCGCACAUGGAUUCAAGUGCUGUAGACGUGCAUUUGAUGAAGCGGCGUAGCUUCGUCUUGCAUCGCAAGCUCGAAAAAAUCAUCCAGCGUCUUCCCUAUACUGUUCUGAAGCCAUAUCUUCCGGAAAAAUUGGAAUACGUGAUCAAAAUAAAGCUCUCCCCGCUUCAGCGCCAACUCUACGUAGCAUUCCUGAACCAAAUUGCCUUGGAGGGUGGCAUUGGCGGAAAGGGAACUGGCAGUCGACAGCGUUUGCUACAAGAUUUUCAUGUUUUUGCCCGUGUGUGGACUCAUCCCGUCUUGUUACAAAUGCAAGAGUCCCGGUACAAUCAGCGGCAGGCUGAUGCAAAAGCGAAGAAGACGAAAUCUAUCAAAGCUGCGGGAAAUGAGAACGGUCUCGAGUCGGACGACGACUUUGAGGCAGUUAUUGCGAACUCCAACUGGUGGAAAGCUACUGCUGAAGAUACGGAACUGGAAAGUUUCGAGCACUCGGGAAAAGUCAAUGUGUUCUUGGAUAUACUGCUGCAAUGCCAGAUGAAAAAGGAAAAGCUGAUCGUAUUUUCCUCAUCCCUUUUGGUGCUGGAUUUUGUUGAAGACGUUCUCUCUCGGGUGGAUCGUAUGGGCAGAAAUGAUGCGAAAACGAGGUCAUUUGACGGCAAUGUGAGGAAAGUGUGGGAUGAGAACUUGGGUGCCCUGCGGCAUUGGCAGAAAAACAGGGAUUACGCUCGAAUAGAUGGCACCACAAUUUCGGAAGACCGUGCCAGGGCCAUUGAUAAGUUCAACAGGUCGGACAAUUCCUUGCGUCUAAUGCUAGUCUCGACGAAAGCUGGAGGCAUUGGUGUGAACAUGGUUGGUGCAAACCGGGCGAUACUAUUUGACGUGAAUUGGAAUCCUGCGAAUGAUGUCCAAGCCCUUUACCGCAUAUAUAGACUUGGACAGACGAAACCGGUAUACGUGUAUCGAUUGGUAGCCACUGGGUGUAUGGAGGAACGUAUUUAUGCCCGUUGUAUCGCAAAGCUUAGUCUUUCUUCUCGUGUGAUCGAUGAACACCAGAUCACUCGUCAUUUUCUGUCAGCGGAUCUACAAGCCUUGUACAAGCUGGACGAACUUAUUGCGGAAAAAUCACGUCCGCUUCCAGCUCUUCCUUCAGACCCUGUGCUUGCGGAUCUUCUGGUGAAUCGAACAAAUUGGGUUGCUGGUUAUGAGGAUUUCGACAGCUUGUUGGAAAACCGAAUAGAGGAAGAACUCGGGGAAGACGAAAAGCGAGCUGCUUGGGAAGAGUAUGAUCGAGUGCAGCAAAUGGAGGAAUCCAAAGCACAGGCUUUCAAUUCCUUGGUCAAUGUUCCAUACAUGUCUACUCCCGAUGGAGCUGCAGACUUUUUGAGAAGGAUAUUGUUGAAUCCGAAUGUUGUGAUUCCUGGCGUUGAUUGGGUGUUACGAGAAGCCCUUAGCAGUGCAACGCAGUCGAUAAUGCGAGUACCUCAGCAAAUGGGAUGCAUCCAGUUUGGCCAAUUUGAGGCCUUCACGCCAUGGUAUUCCUUGAUUGCGAAGACGUGUACGAUGUUUUCUUUAACCGCUAUGUCCGUAACGAACAAUAUCUGGCCAGGUCCUCUAAGCUCGGACGUGGCUUGCUUGGCACUCAAAAAGUUCUGCGUCAAUCCAACGAUGGAUCGGAACGUGAUGCAUGCCGUCGUCUCGGUUGCUCACAGCGACAUCAGCUUGGAUCUCAAUGAUGAGAGUGACCCAAGACCAUCGAUAGAAGAUGAAACAGUCAGCAUUUCAGCGAAAGCCCCACCGGAGAGUACUUGGUACCAUGGGCGAUUGAACCGUACUGUUGCCGAGGAGAGGCUUAAUAAAGCUCGUCAAAAGGGUUCUUAUCUAGUGCGUGAAAGUGACCGCAAGCCAGGAUCCUAUGUCCUGUCUUACUUGGGACAAAAUGGAAUCAACCAUUUUAAAGUGACAUGUGUGUGUGGCACCUUUUUCAUCGGUGGGAGACCUUUCGACUCCCUGAGUGAUGUCGUUGCGUUCUAUACCCACGCAAGCAAUUUACUGACGAAUGAACGACUCACCACGCCUGUGGAGCCACCUGAGCCAGUGAAUGAUUUGAGAAAAGUGGUGGCGAUUUUACCGUAUUCCAAGAUGCCGGACAGCGAUGAGCUUAGCUUUCAAAAAGGAGACAUCUUUUUCGUUCACAAUGACAUGGGGGAGGGUUGGAUGUGGGUCACUGCUCAUCGAACUGGGGAACAGGGCAUGAUUUUUCAAGAAUUGGUCGAGGACUUGGAUGAUACUUUUGAUCCCAACACAGUGUAUCCUUGGUUCCAUCCAACUGUCACAAAGCAAGAAGCAGUUGAUUUGCUUGUGGAAGCUGGUCCAGGAAGUUUCCUUGUACGCCCCAGUGAUAAUUCACCUGGGGACUACUCACUCUUUUUCCACAUCAAUUCGCAAAUCCAGCGAUUUCGGAUUCAAAAGAAGGGCGUUCGGUAUUUGAUGGGGGGACGGACGUUCGACUGUCUGGACGCUGUUAUCAACAGAUACAAGCACGAAUAUAUUGUUCUGGGACACACGUUGGGAAUGCCGGUAACUAAGCAAGACGGGGAUGUGAACUCGUUCGAGUCGAAGUCCGUGGAACACGCUGAAAAAAUUUACGCGACACUUCGAGAGUGUCGUGAACAAUGUGGACUGCAGUUGAAGAAAGCGAUCAAGAUGCAGGGUUGGCUCAAUAAACGCUCCGAGAAGACCAAGAAAUGGAAAUGCCUGUACUUCGUCCUGCAGAAGGUGGAAGGAGGCGAAAUGCGAUUGUAUUAUUACGAAAACCCCAAGAGAAUGAAGCCGAAGGGCAUUAUUGAUCUCAGCUUCUCACACCUGUACCAGGUUGUGGAACGAGAGUUGCCGUGCAUGGCGACUGUGACGUAUCUGAACGCUGCGACGGCUGACUCAGUGCAGGAUUGGAUGUGUGCCAUGCGGCCUCACUGUGUCGCGCAAAAUAUGCGUGCCCCAAAAAUCGACAAUCUCAAAGUUCUUCGUUGCAUUCAAAUUGCUGUGUUGGAAGCCAGGCAUUUACCUGUCAAACUAGUCCCAAGUCCAUAUUGUACCAUUUCUGUGAACCAAGUGAAAUGUUGCAAAACGCGAGGCAAGUGUGGAUCCGAGCCAGUGUGGGAAGAGGAUUUCCUAUUGGAUGACAUUCCUCCCGAUGUGCAGACAGUGACCGUGACAGUUUGGAACAAAGGCCGACGUUCAAAGGAUGCUGAAAUAGCUGAAGUAACCCUGGAGUUGCAGAACCUCAAAUCGGGAGAGGAAGACGAGCAGUGGCACCAGCUGAUGGGUGUCACGCCCGUCAGCGAGUGGGGUCAGUUGCGGUUGCGAGUGCGUUACCUUCACGACCUCGUGAUGCCCCGAGAAGAGUACUCGGCUUUACUGGAACUGCUCCUUGACGCGGAUCUCGUGGCUGUCCAGUCGCUGGCGGAUGUGUGCCACUCUGACAGAACGCCGCUGGCCGCUGCGCUGCUUCGGGUGUUCGUGCACGAACGACAAGAAGCUCAUUUGCUGCAAGUGUUGUGCGAAGCUGAAAUUGAACGCGAAGAGGAGACGUCCACAUUGUUUCGAGCGUCCAUGUGUCGAAUCACGUUUCCCGUGGACUCCAACGGGAACCCAUUCAAUAGGUCUGCAACGUUGACGACAUCGCUCAUGGACUCGUUCAUGCGCAUUGUGUCGCAUCCGUUCCUUGAGUCGGCGUUGGCAUCCACGUUGAAGAAGAUGGUUGAGUCAAAGCAAAGCUGUGAGCUGAAUCCGAUGAAGCUAGAGUCUCAGUCAGAAGCCUGCGCGAAUGCGGAGUUUUUGCUUCAAACACUCGACGAACUGACGGACGCCAUCUUUUUUUCUUGCGGGACCUACGGGUUUGGUUCAUUUGACACUUUCCUGACGUUUAAGAGCAGUGUUCCCCAACCACCGGCGCCGGAAACUUGUCCGAUGACAAUCCGGUAUGUAUUUGGCUGUCUGCAAAGGUCUGUUUCUGCGAAGUGGCCGCAUGAACGCUUGGUUAGGACAAGGGUCAUUUCUGGCUUCAUCUUUCUUCGGUUGCUCUGUCCCGCAAUAUUGAAUCCAAGACAGUUCAACUUGCUGGUGGAUUCUCCUCCUCCCCAGGCUGCAAGGUCGCUAAUCAUGAUAGCGAAAUGCUUGCAAAACUUGGCCAAUCUGGUGGAAUUCGGUGGAAAGGAAAGCUACAUGGAGGUGGUGAAUCCGUUCAUCUUGAAGAACAAAGAGAGGAUGAUAUAUUUUCUGGACAAGCUGUCGAAUGUGAAGGAGAAACCACCGUCAGAGGACAUUCUGUUGAAGCAUGACCCUGCCAGAGACCUCGCCACAUUGCACCAUAUUUGUGAUCAUCAUCUCAAAGACUUCAUUUCCAUGUCACGAACCAAGCCAGCGUUGAAGCGUCUCGUCACUGUCACCGAAAUGCUGACGAAACACAAAAGAAAGUACAUGGAGAUAAUCGGCUGAAGUCGGGUUGCGAUGUUAACCCUUGCUUUUUUUUUUUGGUGUCGACUCGAUUCAUCGUUUUUUUUUCCCCUCCGUCAUCUUGUCUCUCCUCUGUCUUUUUCUUAAAGGCUGUGACUGAUUUUGUUCCCUCGGGUUUUCCUCUUCAUUUCUUGCCGAAUCGUGCCAUGUCGUAAUUUUCACACUUGGACGAUUUCCGUGUGUGUCGGUUCUUCGAUGUUGGGACUGAACAGGUAGGGUUUAUUUUAUUUUUUUUCAUUGCAUCUCCGAGAGCUUAGUGCUCGACUCUUCGGCGGUGAAAGGUUACGACGAUAUCCUUUUGUAAUUUUUGUCACUUAGGUGCUGAUUGGAGUAAAAGAACUGCUUGGUUGCUUUAAAGUCAAAAUUCGCGAGAAAUUUUUGAGUUGCCAGUUAGGAUUCGGGAUAUUUGCAUUUGAAACGGAAUUUCUUCCUCGUUUCCGAUGUUCGCCUUUUUCCAAUUGCAUGUAGAGGAUGGGAGGUAUUCCUAUGCUAUGUCCUUUGAUGUGGGUCGAGAGCUCAUUGAGGUGUCUUGCUGUUUCCCUGAAACCGAGAUGGUUGUUGAGUAUUCGCUUCUGUGCGCAACCCGAACUGUUCAAGAAGGAGGAAGAAGGUGCAUCCGGUCUUCUGAAAAAAAAAACUCUUCCUUCAUUUAUAUUCCUCCUGGAAUAAUAAAACGGUAUUCAUGUAUCAAAAACCGAA